GAUCUAGAUUACUAAGCUCUGCCUCUGCGCUUCCCCUUCAGCCGUCGUCCCUCUUCGUCAUCGAGCCAUUACCUCUGAUCCCCAUUAUCUCCAGGUUGCAAUGGCUGUGACUUUCCACAAUGUCAACUUGGAAGCUGGGCUCCAGAAGCUGGAUCAGUAUCUUCUUACUCGCAGUUACAUCACUGGAUACCAAGCCUCAAAAGAUGAUAUUGCUGUGCAUGCUGCUUUUUCAUCAGCCCCAUCUUCAGACUAUGUGAAUGUGUCAAGAUGGUACAACCACAUUGAUGCACUCCUUAAGUUGAGUGGUGUCACAUGUGAAGGGCAGGGAGUCACAAUUUCAGGAUCUGCCCCUCCUGCUGAGGUGGCCCCUUCCUCUCCAGCCAUUGAUGAUGCAAAGGCUCCAGCAGCUGAGGAUGACGAUGAUGAUGAUGAUGUGGAUUUGUUUGGUGAAGAGACAGAAGAAGAGAAGAAAGCAGCUGAGGAGCGUGCAGCAGCCAUCAAAGCAUCUGGGAAGAAGAAAGAAUCUGGGAAGUCAUCAGUAUUGUUGGAUGUAAAACCAUGGGAUGAUGAGACAGACAUGCAGAAGCUGGAAGAAUCAGUGAGAAGCAUCCAAAUGGAGGGCCUACUUUGGGGAGCAUCCAAGCUUGUUCCUGUUGGUUAUGGCAUUAAGAAGCUUCAAAUAAUGAUGACGAUCGUGGAUGAUUUAGUUUCUGUUGACAGCCUUAUAGAGGAGCACCUUACAGUGGAGCCAGCCAAUGAGUAUAUCCAGAGCUGUGAUAUUGUUGCUUUCAACAAGAUUUAGAAUGUUUUCUUGGACGGGAGAUCGGAACUCGCGUUAUUGGUUGUGCCAUGUGACCAUUUUAAUUGAAAUUUUGCCUUAUGGUCUAAGAUUGUAGUAUCAAUUUCUCAAAUUUGGGAGUUAUCUUAAUAUGCUUUUGUGUGGGAUGCUUGCUGCUUAUUAUUAUUAUUAUUAUUAUUAUUAUUAUUAUUAUUA